CACAUGCUUACAUACGCGUCACCGGUGCUGCGACGCGUGACGUCACCUCGUUCUCACCUUCCUCACGACGCCCGCCUCCUGCCUCCGCCUCCGUCUACUCUCCUUCCUUCACCCGUAUCUUACGCAGCGUAACAUUUCUGACAACUUAAUCAAGUUGAAACAUGGAAAAUCCAGCAGCGGAAAUUGAGGAUGUAAUCCUCGCCAUCACCGCUUCACUCAACCCGGAGAUCCAAAGGGCCGCCAUCUACCGCAAGCCCCCCACCGUCUUUCCCCCUUCGCAGGCCUCGCCUGUGCACUACUCCUACCCCCUCUCUCUUCCAUACUUGAACAAGCUCCCUGUCUUUGUUGUUCGCCUGCUCACACCGACCGGCAUCGCGACCUCCUCGAGCCGCGAGACGAUCCUGCGCGUGUACCAGUGGUACCGCGUGUUGAGCCCGUACCUGCACGUGCAGGUGAAGAAGGUCGUGUACGACGAGCCGCGGAAGGAGAUAUACGCCGAGAUUGUGCAGCGCUUCCACGUCCGGUGGAACGUGUUUAUGCCUUCCGCGGAGUCCAGGCUGAUCACGCACGUCACGCUGCGCGAGCUCCCGUACGCGUCACCGGAGGGGAAGCCGCUCUACGUGAUCGCCGCGCAAGAAGACUUCUACCACCCCGAAGACCUCCUCACCUUCGUCGCGCCUCUGCUCGUCCCAUUCCUCCUCGCCCUCCUCCUUCUCGGCACCUGGGCGUGUGUCCUAGGCGCGUGGUUCGGCGGCGCUCUCGGGUACUGGAGCGUGAGGCCUGGUGAGCGCGGGAAGGACGUGGAGCUGCAGCACAUUGGCGAGAACGCACCGCCGCCGGAACAGGAGGAGACCUCGUACGCGGACGUGACGAAGCACGGGCUCGUCAAUGGGAAGAAGGGAAGCGACGAGGAGGAGGCGGAGGCGGAGAGCCCGGUCGCGGAGCGCGCGAGCAAGGAGUGGCCUACGCCGGAAGAGGCCCUUGAAGUUCAUGAGUGAUGCGUGGCGGGUAGGUCCAAUACCGUGAUGAGGAAGAGGAGCGGAGGGUGGUGCAAUAUGUAUGUGUUCUGAUGUGCGCGAGUCGUGCACUGGUAGACUGUAGCACGUCCUGAGCCACCCGUGC